CCUUACUUCUUGUGCCAUAUAAAGGAUCACCUGCAUCACGAGGGUCAGAACAAAGCCAGACCUCCACCAGGAGCUCUCUUCCAGGAAUCAGUCACCCUCCAGAGGCCACCAUGACAUCCGUGUACUCCGUGCAGAGUCUCUCAGCCGGCCGCAGGCCCUCCUUUUCCAGCAUGUCGCUCAGAGAUAACAGGCUGGCCCUCUCCAGGGCACCGGCCACGUUCUCCGUCCGCUCCCUCUCCAUGAGCGGAGAUCUCAACAAUCUCGGCAGCCAUUCUCUCGAAGCCAUGCAGGUCGGGGCCAACGAUAAAGAGGCCAUGCAGGGCCUCAACGUCCGCCUCGCCAAAUACAUGGAGAAGGUGCGCUCGCUGGAGAAGGCCAACGCCAACCUGGAGGAGAAGAUCAAGCAGCUGAUGCUUGAGAGAGCUCCGAAAGGGCGCGACAUAGAAUCCAUGAUGGUGAAGGUGCAUGUGAUUGAACAGGAGGUGAGGAAGAAGACACUGGAGAACGCCCGCAUCAUGCUGGAAAUCGACAACGCCAAGCUGGCCGCCGAUGACUUCAGAGUCAAAUGGGAAGCGGAGAUGGCAUUGAGUCAGUCCGUGGAAGCAGACUGCCUCGCCUUGAGAAAGGCCAAAGCCGACCAUGAGCAAAUCAUUGCCACACUGAAAGAAGACAUGAAGAGCCUUCAGGACGGGCUACAGUUCCUCAAGAGGAACCAUGAGGAGGAGAUAGCCAAGCUACGUGCUCAGUUGGCCACAGACCAGGUCAAUGUGGAGGUGGACGCCAACCAUGGUCCAGAUCUGGGAGCGAUAUUGGCCAGCCUUAGGUCACAAUAUGAAGGCAUUGUGCAGAAGAACAAGGACGAUGUCGACGCUUGGUAUAAGAAGAAGCUCGAGACCAUGCAGAACGAGGUGCAGGAGGGCAGCGAGGCACUCCGCAUUGCUCAGAACGAGCUGAACGAGAGGAGACGCUUCCUCCAAGUCCUGGAGGUGGACCUGGACAGCCUACGGAAACAAGUGGCAGCUUUGGAGGGUAACCUGGGCGAAGUGACCCACAAGAACGCUGUGGAUAUGGAGCAGCUGCAGAUGACCCUGUCGCAGCUUGAGGACACCCUGUCUCACCUGCGCCUUGAUAUGCAGAGCAACAAGACAGAGUACGAGCAACUGCUGCGCAUCAAGCAGAACCUGGAAAUGGAGAUCGCGACCUACAGGAGGCUGCUGGAAGGAGAGGAAGUGGUUAAGGAAGUCCCUAAAAAGCAACCGGAAGUUCGGACCAGGAAGAUCGUCAAGGUGGUCACCCAGACCAUGGUCAAUGGCAAGGUGGUGGACGAGUCCAGCGAGGUCGAACAUUUUGAAGAGAAGAAGAAAUAAAAGCGUCAUAAUUGCUUUAUUCCCAGACUUCACCCGAAGUGCCCAGUUUCUUCAUAGUUCCGGAGAUCCUUCUGGAACAUUCAUACCAAAGUGUUGUUGAACCUGUAAAACUUCUGUGUAGCUCUUGUUUCAAAUAUUUAUUUCAUGGUAAUGAAGUCAAAGGAAUAUUUCGGUUUCCAUUACAUGAAUUUAAUGAAUGUAAUAAAAAAUAUUUCAGUCA